CCUUGUCAUUAUAUAUUUUUAUAUUAACUUUGAAAAAUUUUCAGACUUCAUAUAGGAUUUCUCUAAAACUCCUUUUCUUAGCCUCAAGGGAACAGUGCAUGAGAUCCUUGUACAGACAGCAAGCUUUUAAUAGCAGCUCCAGAGUCAUAACAUCAUGAAACCACCACAGGCAACUGAUAUUUUAGCACCCAGACCAGUGCAUCCCAGGGCCAUAAGAAAUCAUGGUCUUCUCUCGGCCAAUUUCGUCUAUCAGCAUAUGGUAAUCGAUGAACGUUGGACCACAGCAUCGUUAAUCAAUGAAUUUCAGGGCAUGACCAAAUUGUUGAGCACACGUUUGAUUUUCAAGAAUUUAGAACAUAGAGCCCAUCGCAAGGUUUUGCUUAAAUCUGUUCGCCAUUUGCGUCUGCAAUGUCGCAAUGGCCGAACCAAGUUGAAAAAUAUCCAUAGCGGUGAUAAUGUUAAGGAAAUGCGAAAUGUUCUCAUUAAUCACAAGGAUCUGCAGCGUCUCUAUCAGAAUAUGCCAAUACCCAUGGUGGUGGAUGACAUCGAUCAACGUUCAUUUAUACUACGCAAAGAAAAGGCUCGUCUAAUGCAUCGCUUCGAGCGCCUAACAACUGAGUAUGAGCUAAAGUUGUUGCAACGAGCCCAAAUUGAGUUGCGUAUUAAAUAUCAAAAUGAGUUUGUGCUGGAUGAGGAAUUGCAAAUGCGUGAGUUGCGUAAGAAUAUACAGAACUCGAAUACACGUUUGACUGCCAUUAAGGCAGUUAAUACGGCCUAUGCGAAAAUAUUGGAAAUCCUAAAUCAUGAUGCUGUAUAUUAUGAGCCUAUUUUGCACUCCUUGUGUGGCGAUAUUGAGGAUCAGGGGAGUUUUAUCAAACAUAUCUUGUAUUUGGGUACACCAGCCAUAGCGAAAUUUGAACAACUAAGCUUGGAAUACAGGAAAAUGCAAGAUCAAUUUCGCAAACAAACCCAAAUUAAGCUGCAAAACAUCUCCAGUUAUAAGAAGUCCAGUCCUCAUCCUGAUCAGUCCAAAGUGCCUAAGGCUCCGCAAUUUGUCAUCAAUAUGUCCAAGCAUUAUGCACGAGAAACCAAAAGUAUGCUGGUCUUGAAAAAUGAAUUGGAAUCCAUUGAAACGGUUAUCAAUCAAAUUAAAAUUGUCACAUUGUGCUCACAUGCCAGGGAUAUUUUUCCUAGAUUUAGAUCCCAAACUCAGGAUAAUUUGCAGUUAAUGAAGGAAAACGAAAUUAGCCAUCUUCACAAUGAUUUUCUGACCUUUAAAGAACAAGUCGCCAGCCAGCAGCAGAGUAUUCUGAUGAAUAACUAUUAUGAGGAGGAAGAAAGACGUAUUCUACGCAUCACAGAGUUGAAAGAGAAUAUUAAAGCCGAAGAUGAACGCAAGGAGCACAUAAUUCUUCACAUGAAAAAUCGAGCAGCAGUUUUUGUUAUCCUUAGAUUUAAUCUUUGGAAUAUUUCGGAUAUUUUGAGACAUGUGGGAAGACCACACAGAAUUUACGCAAUUGAAUAUCCCACACCAUAUUUGAAAUUACCACUGUUGAAAUAUGAAAUGUUGACAAUGUACUCUGUCCCACCAGAGCUCUUCGAACAGGAUAUCAAGACCAUUUUCCAAAAUGUAGAGCGCAAGCUUAAAACUUUGAUGAAUGCCUAUGAAAAAUUCCUACCUGAUCCCAAGGCAAAUAGGUCUCUUGACCCUGUUACAUUUGGCAAAUUAUAUGAAGAAUAUCAUGAGAAAUUUUUGGCUAGCAUGGAACUUGAAGAUCAUCAGGAAGGCACUCAAACAGGCGCGGAAGAAGAAAAAGAACUCGCUGAAGAUGCCAAGUUUGAUCACAAUGUGCCAAAUCGGAAACAGCUGAAGGCUCUUAGUGCCAGAUUAGUAGAGGAGCUAUCAAAGAAGGAAGAAUGAGGUGGUUCUGAGUGUUUACGGGGAGAUUUGCUGUAUAUUUUUUAGAUAAAAACAGAGAUUUUUAGAUACUACAAUUCAA